AAAGAAAAGAAGAUAUCUAUUCGCUCUCCGCUGCUCUUCCCUUACAUUUUUCGAAGAGUUUUUUAUUUUCUACCGUCACAGCGAUUGAUCUACCUACCUAUCUACCUACCAUACAAAUACAAAUACCUACUGGUAGUACCUGCUUAUUAUUAAACCUCCAAAGAAAGUUCUCGGGAUACACACGGGAACCAAGCAAAACCCCGUCGAAACUUAAAGCUUAGGUACUCGGGAAAUAUCACAAACAACCAAUCAAGCGCAUUAAAAGAAGUGGGUGGCAAGUUACAACAUCAACAAUAAGAACAAAUAAAUCCAUCUCAUCUUGAAGAAAUCUCACAACUCCUCAACAUAUACGAGUCUCAAAGAGACGAAAACCGUUUUAAGCAAUGACUACCACCAUGUCUUCUUCAGAAGCACCAGUUCUUCAUAGUCCUCCAAGUCCUACUGCAAAACGUCCAAAAGGUAUUUAUUAUUUAUUAUUUACAAAAUUCCCUAGCAAUUACCCCGCUACUCCCUCUCUCCAUCCAUUCAUCCAUCAAACAACAAUGAUCAAAACUAACCUUCAUCCUCAAAGGCAUUCUCAAAAACUCCUUCCACCGAUCCCCUCCCUCCCAAGCUCCCAUCACCACAGCCGCACCCCCCAUCACCUCCCCAAAACAUGUCGGUAUUCCCCUCCCCACCUCCCCAACCGGCAUAUCCGACAAAGACGUCACAUUAAAAAACACUCUCCGAAACGCCGGACCACGACGAUCCUCAUCUAGCGGACACCCAAUCCGUCGUCAAUCAUCUGGAUCCGCCCAUCACGAUGAUAACAACAACAUGCGGCUCCAAUGGGACGAAGCGAAUCUCUAUUUAACCGAGCAAGAAAAAAGCAGCACGAUGAAAAUCAACGAGCCAAAAACUCCAUAUGCGAAACAUUAUGAUCCUGCCGAGGAUGAAGAGGAGAUUCGGACGAUUGAUGCGGGGGACAUAGUAGUGGAUGAAUUAGAUAGGGUGAAAGCGGGACAGAUGAGGAGUCCACGGUCGAUUCGGGCACGGGAUGAGGAAAUCCCUGGAUUGAGUUUGGGAGAGCCUGAAGAGGCGGUGCCGGAUAGGGAGGUGGUGAUGGGGGAGUCGGAGGAGAAGAAGGUUCAUGUUGCUGGGGAGGGGAGGGAUGCAGAUGCGGAUGGGGAUGCUGGGGAUGGGGUUGGGGAAUGACGCCAGAGGAGAGGGAAAACAUGAGGUUUGAGGAGUUAAGGAGGAAACAUUAUGAUAUGGCUAAUGUGGCGGGACUUUUGGGACAUUCUGAGGAGAUUGAUGUUGAUGAGGAUGAGGAGAUGAAUGGGAGAUAGGUGGGGAUGGGCUUUGGGGAAGGUUUUCUGCUUGGGUGCUGAUGAUUUGGUGAUGAUUUGGUGAUGAUUUGGUGAUGGGUUGGUGAUGGUUUACUUGGGAAGCGGGUGUAUGAAACGAAUAGGACGAGGAGUUAACAUAUAAUCAUGGCGUUUUUGGGUUUAGGAGAAAUCAAUAGCUUUAUUUUACUUUACUUUACUUUUACUUUAUUUAAAUACCUUGAAGUAAAUACCUU